CUGAUCCCUGCUGGCAUCUACUCUGGGAAGUCCUACAGAACAGAGGGAGCUCGAGGUACAGGUACACAGAGAGACUGCAUUCAAACUAUACCGGUCUGCAGUGGUUCACCCUCGCUUCCGCCCAGACAGAGGACCUCGAAUUAACGGGAGAAAACAUCGAAAGGUCAUCCCGACCCCAGAAGAGCAAGAAAUGCCCGAAGGAGCCAGUACUUUGACUGUAUCACCUGCAGCCUAGCGAAGGACAUCAAGCGAGAGGGCGACUCCGGAUGACCUCCGCCUCUAAUCUCUCAUCGGGCCACGGAAAGACCCCACCCACUCCUACCCGCACUCACGCCGACAAAUGCGGCACAGGAAGAUCCCACCGCCAGGCUGGUGGGCUCGGGAAGGUGGUGAAAGGGGACGGUGGCGCUGGGGAGAGGGCGGUGGACGGGGACAGGGACGUGAUGCAGAAGACGCUGCGCUAUGGGAAGCUGACCUCGCACGGCGCCUUGCCCGUCCCGUCUCUGCUCCGGCCGCCCAAGCCUCUCGUCGCCGCCCCGACCGCCGUCCGUGGCUCGUCGGCUUCCCUUCCCGCCCGGGACUGUCCCGCCAGUUGGUCCGGAGCCACGGCCGGGGCAGAGCGAGUGUUCCCGUGGAUGAAGGAAAGCCGCGGAGUCUCCCGGCAUAGCUCGCUGCACCCAGGAAGGGCCGAGGAGCCGGGCCGGCGAGCCCGUACAGCCUACAGCAGUGCGCAGCUUUUAGAGUUGGAGAAAGAGUUUCACCUGAACCGCUACGUGCGAGGCCCGCGGCGCCGGGAAAUGGCCUGCCUUCUCCGCCUCUCUGAGCGCCAGGUCAAGGUCUGGUUCCAGAAUCGCCGCAUGAAGCACAAGCAGGCAGCGCGGUGGAGGCACUGGGCCGGUGGAACAGCGCCUGGGCCCCCAGGAGACCCCGUCCCCGUCGACCCUUGUCCCCCGCCCACCUUCAGCAGACUGGCACGCUCGCCCUCGCCUUUCUCCAGCGCCCCGUCUUCCCCCAGUGACAUCCCGGCCAACUACAGUGGCAGCCCGGCUCAGCUAAGCCUCGGGCCGCAGGAUGGACUCUGCGGCGUUUGGGACACAGACUGGACGCGGCACGGCCCCUGGCUCACCCACCUCUGAGGACGGGGUCGUCGCGAGCAACCUGCGCCCUUUUGCACUGUAUAUAUCACGGAUGUUUUCUACGUUCUGCUCAGAUUCUAAUAUAUAUUGAUUGUGUAAAGACUGUACGGCUCACUGGCUUGGUGUAUGAGUGUGAGCAUUUGUCAAUGUGGCAUAGGCGCGUUUGGCUUAUGAAUUUUAUCUAUGUUCAUAUACACACGUGUAUAUUACAUCAGGUGUACAUACAUAUAUUAAUACAUACUGUACACAGACACACACUGAUGCACACAGACAUAAACUGAGACUCAUACACAAAUGCGCGUGCACGCACACACACACCAUAACGGGCAAAUACACACAAACACGUACAGAUAUGCAUGGAUAGACAAACAACCUCAGAGAGAGACACGCACGCACAUGCAUCAUCUAACCUCACAGACAGGCAGAUACACACAUAGACAAACACAUACAGACACACGCACAUAUACAUGCAUAGGCGUACGGGUGCACACACAAGCGCAAUCACAUCUAUAGCCACACAAUUUUGGACUAACAUACAGACAAACGCACUGACGCACAGACAGAUUAGAUACAAAAGCACUCACACACGCAUAUGCACAGAUAGACACAGUCUAUCGUUUAGCCCACUACACAGACACAACCACUGAUAACUCGCGCCAGAGCCAAAUCAAAAUCCUGGCCUUAUAGCACCUUCUCCUCCACUCCUGCCUCACUCUCUGGAGUAUUGAGUAUAGUUCUGGUCACCCCAUUACAUGAAGGGUGUGGGGGCUUUGGAGAGAGUGCAGAGGAGGUUCACCAGGAUGCUGCCUGGACUAGAGAGCAUGAGCUGUAAUGAGAAGUUGGGCAAAGUUGGGUUGUUUUCUCUGGAGUGGCAGAGACUGAUAGAGGUGUUGACAGAAUAGUCAGUCGGUAUCUUUUUCCCCAAGGCGGAAAUGUCUAAUAUCAGAAGGCAUGCAUUUAAUCACCUUCAACACAUGCCCUCUGAUAUUAGACAUUUCUGGGGGUGGUAAAUUGGGGGUGGUAAAUUCAAAGGAGAUGUGUGGGGCAAGUUUUCUUUUAUAUAUGGAGUUGGUGGAUGCCUGGAAUGUGACACCGUGGUGGUGGUGGAGGCAGAUGGGAUAGAGGCGUUUAAGAGGCUGUUAGCUAGAGACCUGGAUGUGCAGGAAAUGGAGGGAAAUGAACAUCCUAUAGGUAAAAAAUAUUAGUUUAGUCAGGCAUUUAAUUAGUUCAGCACAACAUGGUGGGCCCAAGAGGACCUGUUGCUGUGCUUCGUUCGAUGUACAUAAUCAAGCGGAGAUAGGAGAGAUGCCACCAGUACCAGCCUCAGGAUGAAGUGGUGGGGGAUGCAGGAAGGUGCAGGAGAACUGCAUCAGACAAGGGGGAAGUGCGGGAAGUUUGCAGCGAGCGAAGUUAUAUAAUGGGGUGUUACUCUCGGCACAGACCACCGUCAAACCAAGAUCGCCGGUCAAACCAAGGAUUCUUUGACUUCACUGGGUUUGUGUGGUAAGGCUGUGUGUGAGAGGGAGGGGGAGAGGGGGAGAGAGAGAGAGAGAAAGAAAGAAAACAAACAAACACAGGUGCCAGAAUCUCCCUCGCACCGAACGCCCAGCGUAAAGGAGUACAUGAUGCACGGGGAUCAGAUGGAACAUCUCGUCUUCAAGAAUACAGAUGCGCGUGCGCACAAAGAGUUAUACAUACAGGUGCACCGACAUACACAGAGGCACAUAGAGAGUACAUGUACGGAUGCUCACAGAGACACACAUGCGCAGACACAUGCACACAGAGUACACAGACUCAUACACACACACAGAUGAGCGUGCACUGACAUGCAGAGAUUUACCAGGAUACGGCCUGGAUUAGAGAGCAUGUUUUAUGAGAAGAGGACGAGCGUAGGAAAGUAGAAUUCACCAUCAGGGGCCCCGGCCUUCCUGAUCAUACUCUCAUUUCGCUGAUGCCACCAAAAGGAGGUACAGGAGCCUCAGGACCCCCACCACCAGGUUCAAGAACAGUUAACACCCCACAACCAUCAGGCUCUUGAAUCAAAGGGGAUAACUUCACUUGCCCUAUCUUUGAAAUGUUCCCACAACCUAUGGACUUAUUUUCAAGGACUCUUCAUCUCAUGUUCUCGAUAUUUAUUGCUCAUGUAUGUUGUUUUCGUUUUGUAUUUUCACAGUUUGUUGUCGUUUGCACAAUGGUUGAAUACCCAAGUUGGUGUGGUCUUUCACUGAUUCUAUUACAGAUUUGUUGAGUAUGCCCACUAGAAAAUAAACCUCAGGGUUAUAUAUGGCGACAUAUAUGAAUUCAUCCGAACUUUGUAAGAAUGUGUGAGAGAGAUGAAUACUAUAACCAGAAUUAUUCACAUGGACACGAAUACACAAACAUAUAAACACACACACGCAACUGCUCACAAAAUCACAAAAAUUCUCGGUGUAUAUGGACACAGAUAAACUCACACACUCGAACAUGCAUGCCCUUACACUUAUACACAUUCUUUCAAACACACACUCUGACAGAGACAAAUGUACUUGCAUGCACAUUCCCACACACACAUCCUCUCACUCAGAAUCUCUCACUUGCUCACACACACACUCUCUCACAGUCACUCACAGAUGCACUCUCACACUCACAUACUCUCUCAACAUUAUUUGAUGUGUACGAUAAAAUCUGUAGAAACCACCAUAUUAAUAAAUUCUCAAUUUUACUUUGGCUUUUGGUCUGGGAAAUUGCAGUUUCUUGCAAAUCCUCAGGAUAUUAGGGUACUUAAUCUUGGAUAUUAUAUUGUUUUUAAUUAAAAUAGUUUUGACAGCUGGGUAGUCUUGAACACUUCAUCUCACGAUGGUGAUUCGCAUCCUCUGUUCUCAAUGCGCCCACGUUGAACCUUCAUCUAUCUCAAGUGAGAGGAGCAUUUUUGUUUAAGUUGUCAUUUCAAGACCAGACAAUAGCACAAGGUGUUGCAGAUGGGACAGGACAAACACUGUACCAGUGAAGUCCUGUUGCUGUGAUUUACACACAGAAAAGCAGAUAAAACUGUGCCAGUACAUGAGAUAACAGGAGCAGGAGCCUCAAAACUGUGGUAUAACGUCAAAUUUGAGUUCAGUGUCAAAUGUACAAGUUCAUAUGUGCACAGAUGCAACGAAAAAUUUACUGCAGCAGCAUCAAAAGCACACUGCAUUAGAUAUACAAUGUUCACAAGAAAAACAUAAA